CCUCGGAUGAUUGUAUUUGUGCCGCCGAGGGUUCUAGAGCCAGAUGGCCAUUGCGGAGCAGCCGCAGUAGGCACUGUUUUGUUUACGGAUGAAAUUUUAGUCUUCUGUAGAAGGAAGGUGCGAUGUUGGGAGUGCAAUGUCUACCGGUGGAGGUUCUUUGUAGCAUAUUUGACAAACUGUCGGAAUGGGAGAGAAGACCCCUGCAUUUGGUGUGUCGGAAAUGGUGCGCGAUUCUGGCAGCUAAGCAUUUCGUGGGUAGGCGCUCGCUUAAACUCAAUGCUGACAAUUUAGACCUGUUCGAGAACUGUGAUAAAUUUUCCUGCAUUUGCAUUCGCGAUAACGAAUCUAGUCCGAAAUCUGUGAACCGAAGGUGUUUUCUAACGGCACUGCAAAGAGUUCUGUUUCGCGGUGAAGUAAACGAUCAGCUCGAAGAUCUAACGCUCAAAGAGGCUCAAAGUGAUUUGUUGCAGGAAUUGUUUGGGGGCAAUGGUGAAGUGUGUCGAUUACCGAAUUUAAGAAGUCUGACCAUCCGAUGCUUCGAGUACUGUGAUGUGUCUCUGAUAAGAGCUUGGAACAUUUCGAAGCACUUGACCAAGUUGCACAUUACCGUGAGUAAAGCUGAGGAGCUUCGCUUGAUACAAAGUGUCGCUGAGCAGCUCGAAGAGCUGUUUGUGGAAUCAAACAAGUUACAGCUGAUGCUUGAAUGUUGCAAUGUCUCUGAGUUUGAGAAACUACGAACCCUUAAAUUGAAGUCGGAUUCGUUUUUUCCUGAACGCUUCUCGUGUACCAGCGACAUAGGAGAAAACUUUGGUAGAACUUUGAGCCGGUUGAGGAAUCUAGUGAUAGGAUUUAGACAUAAUGAUUUUUCGCUCGGGUAUGCGCCAAUGCUACGGCAUUGUCGGAAACUGCAAACCCUUUCUAUUCUCGGGGCAGAUUUGUGUAUUGAGGCGUGUAAUUCCAUUUCAAAUUUACAUUGUUUGAGGAAAUUGGAGUUGUUGCUGCGUAUCGAAAAGGGAGCUGGAUUACGGCCAUGGAAUCAUCAGAAUCUGGAAGUUCUUCAUACCUACGUUGAGAAUUUGGCUCCAUUAGGAAACAACUUACCAGCACUAACUUCUAUUCGGAUCUCUAACCAUACCAUCAGGGAGGGCCGAUUUAGUGUUCGACCUGUGGAAAGAGCCUAUUUGCAGCGAUAUUUCAGCCACUUUGAAUCCAUCACAAAGCUAUUUCUGUACGACGUUUAUCUUGAAGAGGACCUUCUAUACCAGUUUCCAAAUUUGUUGGCAAUGAAAGAAAUAAUACUUCGCUGCGUUAGAACGAGCUCUCUGGUUCUGGACAUCAUUCACCAGCGUGCGCCGCGGGUCUGCAAGGUCUACUUCUGGGACUGCUGUUUCCUGGUAAGCCCCCGAGCAAAAAUUCCAUCUUUCGAAGCCCUGGGCCGUCUACUGCCGAGGGUUUGUAUUUCACAUUCCAGCAGCAAGAUCAUCGCCGUAGAUUAUGGGCAGAUUUUGUCCUGAUGACUGCAUUCUCCACUGCCGGUGAAUCUCUUUUUGUCUUUCGUCUGGUUUGGCAAUAAAUUUAUCUGAUAUUUUAGCCGAUAAUCGAUCUUAAUGCGAACUUCGGGACAAAAA